UAUUGAGUAUUUUACAUAAGAUACAGAUUCUCAGUGAAUAAGUAUUAUGGUGCUAGGGAAAUGUGCGAGAUCCUACGAAAGUGAAUAUUUCGGAGUGGAUUUUUUGAAAUUGAUUGAAAUAAGAACUGAAGAAAUUUUACUGAUUGUGAGCUCAAAAUUAUAAAUUAAAAAAUAAAAAUAAAAUUCAUAGGUAGCAUAUUUUAGGUAAUUGGCAGAUUUGGUUCGUAGUUCAUAAGAUCACUUGAAAAAAAAAAAAAAAAAAAAAAAAAAACUGCCCAGAACAAGUAAAUUUAUAAGUAUGACACACGUGAAUUUAUUGGAGGCAAAGUCCACAAAAUCACUCAAAUCCUGACAUCAAUACCCAUUGAUAAAAGUGGUUAAAAAGGUGACUCAUCGAGUUCUUUUAUCUACAUAAAUAAACAAGUUAGGUCGUUGGAUACCUCUACCUACUUACGAAGUCAAGUUUUCCAGGGUUGAAAGAAGAAAAUUAGACAAUAGACGAGCCCUAACCGACUCAAUGAUUGGGUACACUAUACCUGUUCUUGUUUUUGUUUGUCGUCGGGAUUGUUUACAACUUAUUUAUAGUUACAUAGAACAGCAUCAGUUUGCAAAUUAUAUCUUGGACUUGAUACUAUUAGUUGUGGAUGUUCGGUUAGUGCUCGUUAGCUUUUUUUUUUAUUGGAGUUAGUUUCUUGAAGUUUCUUGAAUAAUUUCUAAUGAGAGUGAGUUGAAGUUUAAUGGUGUUCGUCGAUAAUUUACCAAGUUGAUGAGUUGAAAAUUUCAAUAUUCAACAGUUCAUAUUCAUUCCGAUAGCGAACGAUUUCAUCUUGAUAUGGAUUCAAAAGAUACGCAACCAGCUAACCUAAAGAAUACUAAAGUAAACACCUCCAGUUCGAAUCUCAGCUCCCAGAAAGACUCACCAAACGCUGAAAAAAUCAACGAUAAUUCGAAAAAACAAUCAGGCCAAGUCGACGAAACCGAGUGUCAAAAUAACGUCCUGGAUCAACUAUUGGAAAAAAUGCGCACAGGCGAAGCUUUCAAUCGCAGAUCCCGAACAUCGCGAAAUUCAUCGUUCGAAUUACUCCGUCCAUCGCGAAGACCACCUCUAAACUCGCCCAAGGCGAUGCUCAAAUCCUACGUUACAACGACUCCACUAUCGCCGAAUUCAACACCUAGUAAAGGUCAAAGUACAACAACAUCGAGUUCGAAUCAACCUAGCGAACUUUUCCUCGAUACCAGAACACCUAAAACGGUAGCUGAAAUACUCGUCGAUACGAUCACCCCGAAACCGUACACACCUCCUAAUGAUACUCGUAGUCCGAUUUUGUUCAUCGAACAAUUCGAAGUAUGCGUUGAACUGCUAAACUUGAACGAUAAACAAAAAACAGCCCUAUUUGCUCGAAUGGCUUUCGUUGACGAGACUGUCAGUUACGAGAUCAUGAGAAAGAAGUCAAUUACGUACGAUCAAGCCAAAGAUUACUUUUUGAAGAUGACCUGGUCGAAUCGAAAACAAAAAGAGGUUAUCGAGCAGCUGAGGAAAUGCGAUCACGUCGACGGCGAUGUGGAGAAAUAUGUGAAGAUAUGGUUCGAUAGAAUCAAAGGCAUGGAAAGCGACCUGUUGCGUGAAGCUUUUGCUAUUCUGAAGUCACGUAUGUCUUAUCCGUAUUACGAGUUUGUUUUAGAAUUAGAAAAAACCAUGGAAUUGAGUCAGUUUCUCAUUCAAUGCAGUACGUUCGAGGAUCCGAUCCGAUCGAGUGUGCAAAAGUGAGAGCGAAUUGUAGUUUUAAAACCAUCCAUGAUGGGUAGGUAUGUUGGCAACAAGGAUAGAUAUAUUAUUUUUAUUACCUGCUAACGUUGAAAGUACCUGUGUGUAUGUUGAUGUUCUAAAAAAUUAAUUUGUUUUAAUGAUAAAUGUAUUUAUAAUCGAUAUAUUCGUUAGUCGUUAUUCCAUUUUGAAGAUUUAUUGCUUAAUAGUCGACAUACUUUUUCAAUUAAAAUACGAUUUUUCAGUUCCAUUUGUUUUUUAUGUAACUCAAGUACAAAUAAAAAAUUGUGUUGAAAC